CUGCGUAGGAGUGUGUGUUUUUUACAGCCCUGUUGAAGACCUUUGCUUUGCAGUUGAAGAUCUGUCGAUUUGCUCGGCGUGAAAAUGGCUUCGGAUGAUGAUGAUAUUUCCCGUGGUUGUUGCGACUAUGUACUGACAAUUUUUUCAGUCCUCAUUUUUAUUUGUACUUUGCCUUUCUCCCUGUGCUUUUGUUUGAAGAUAGUACAAGAAUAUGAAAGAGCAGUUAUAUUCCGUCUUGGUCGAUUGUUGUCUGGAGGAGCUAAAGGACCAGGGUUGUUUUUCAUUUUGCCCUGCAUUGACUCCUAUCAGAAAGUGGAUUUGAGGACAGUGUCAUUUGAUGUUCCACCACAGGAGAUUCUGACCAAAGACAGCGUGACUGUGGCAGUAGAUGCUGUUGUUUACUUCAGAAUCAGUGACCCCACUAUGUCAGUCACCAAUGUGGAAAAGGUUGAUCAGUCAACUCGCCUGCUAGCUCAGACAACAUUGCGAAACUUUCUGGGCACCAAAAACCUGAGUGAAAUUUUAGCAGACCGUGAAGAAAUCAGCCAUGCCAUGCAGUCCUCGCUGGAUACUGCUACUGAUCCUUGGGGGGUGAAAGUGGAACGUGUGGAAGUGAAGGAUGUGCGUCUCCCACAACAGCUCCAGAGAGCCAUGGCAGCUGAGGCUGAAGCCACCCGUGAUGCACGUGCUAAGGUCAUUGCUGCUGAGGGUGAGAUGAAUGCCUCUCGUGCUCUGAAGGAAGCUGCUGACAUCAUUUCUGAGUCUCCUUCUGCUCUUCAGCUGCGAUACCUCCAAACGCUGACAUCCAUCUCAGCUGAGAAAAAUUCCACUAUCAUCUUCCCUCUUCCUGUUGAUUUCCUUAGUAGAUUUUUGCCAAACAAGUGACUAGACGGCCAAAAGGGGACAAACAAGGAACGCUAUACUGAGUCACCAAUGACAGAAGUUAGUGUUCUUUAAAAUGAAGCUGCUUCUAAUGACACUUGCAUGUAUAACUUAGCUUGUACAGUAAUUUUUUGUUCAGAGUUUUAAGAUUGUCGCCCAGUUGUUUGACAACUAUUUAAGUUGAUUAACCCUAUUUAGCCUGGGCUUCUUGUUUUGUUCAUGCACUUAGUCCAAGGGAGGUGGGGGCACAAACCCAUGCAUCCUCAAAAGAAUUCUCUCAAUGGUAGUGAAACUUGUAAGGUUUUUUAAAAAUUCAUGCCUGUUACUGAAGUGAUAAUCACAUGCUGUUUAUAACACCACAGAAUGCCAAAAUUAUGUCACACUUUUUCAAAUGUCCACCAUCUUGGAUUUCAAAUCUUUUUGAAAUUAGUCAAGAACAGCUCCCAAAUGGGUUCAAAAAAUCUGGCAAAUAUCAGGAUAAAAGAACUGCAGAGAAUUUGUUAUUUGUCGUCAUAAUAUCAAAAUUUUGACAAAAGCAAACUUUUAAGCACAUGGAAAAUAUUUCAUUUUGGUGAAACACUCUCUUAAACCAUGGAUGCUAGUACCUUGGAAACAUCAAGUUAGGUGACCAAAAGCCAAGGCAGACACUUUGUACACACCCUCCCCCUCCUCCCCCCUCAGGCUAAAUAUGGUGAAGUAUUUUAUUACUGGUACUGGUACUGGUAAUGUUUUGUGGCAGUGUCAUUCCUAAUCCUCUUUAAAGUGAGCCAUAUGUUGAACAAUGUUUGUAACAUGUCAGCAAUCAUGUGGAAACCUUUUAACUAGGUGAUGUGCUUCUGUCUAAUGUGCUAGAGGAAACUUUGUACAUGUACUUGAUUGCAAGUUGGUCAUGUUGAUGUUUCAUCUAAAGUUACCCUAAUUAUGGCCCCAACGAUUCCAAUUCCACCAUCCUUGGUUCACAGAGGAAUUUGCAUGUGGGUUUGCGGGUGGAGCUCAAGUGCACAACUCCAAUGAGGUUUAUCAACUCAGUUUUUGUAGUUUUUUGUAUCAAAGGCAAACAGGAAUUUAAAAAUAAUGCAAGAUGUAUGUAUUUUAAAAACUGAAAGAUAAAUUGCCUUUGAUGUUGAUGCUGCACCCUUGGGCUGACCUGUUAUUGGGACAGGAAAGUUGUCAAAUACCCAGAGGGGGAGGGGCUGUGAAGGGGCUUGGAAUUCACAGAGCCAUUAGCAGAUCAGCAGCAAGUUCAUUAAAUGAAGGCAGAGGCUGUAGAUAGUUGGCACGACUGUAUGCUUAUGUAUAAAGAUGCCAGAUUUUACAAAGUCCUUGAGAAAGUAAGGAAAAUAAUAAUAUGGAUAUCAAUUUUGUCAAAACGAUGCAUUACCUUUUCUGCUUGAGCAUUAGUUAUUCAGGAUCAGGUUGUUAUUUAGCAUGGUACUAAGUGCAUUGAUAAGUGAUUGUAUGAAGUAGAUUUACUAUUUACAUAUGGCUCAUGAAGACAGACUGUAUGAAAAGUCCCACAUUUUGUCUGAAGUCCAGUCAUAUGUCUAGUAUCUGGAUGGAGUGACAUUAAUAUCCAAGAAGGAUAAUGAUGCAAGUAGUAGUCUGUAGCAGUCACUAGGACUAUGUGUAAUGUUAUAAUGAUCUUCAAUUUUACAAUACCUGAAAGUGUUUUCUUAAAAUAACUAUUUAAUAAUGAGCAUCUUAAAAUUAAUGUUGGUAUAACCACCCUUGUAACAGGGAACUUUUCGGAAACACAGUAGUACAGUUACGAAAGCUUUUGAUAUUUAACAUGUAGAACAUUAUACCAGUGUAUCACAUUAAAGUUGAGAAAAUUG